CAUAGUUUUUCUAUAAUUUCUAUCUUUCUAUCUUCUUCGCUUAAUUUCUAUCACGAAGCUGUUCGAUGCGGGAAAUAAUCGUUCCUUUUCGCCCUUUUUUCUUGUUCUUUAUCCUGGGGGUUGGUCUGAGACCAAGAACUUGCGGUUUGGUUGUCGUUUUGCCGAUGUUGGAUUGGAUUGUGAGAUGCCUCGGUUCCGGAGCUUCGUCUUGAUCUGCUGCUGAAGGGCGAGACGGUUCUUUGAUUGAUUCUCUGGUGCAGUAGAUGGUGAGUGGUAGGUUUAGUAGGAGGCUGCCGGCUCGAUUAACCCCUAGGAUUGUGAGCAGCCCUAGGGUUUCCGCUCGCCGGAAAUUGUGGGUGGCGCCCAGACCUCCUUCCUUGGGCGAUCUGGCCGCGGCCUUCUGUCUGGCCUCUCUCUUGCUCGUUGUUGGAUGUCUCAUGUAUGUCAACGUUAAAGGAUACCUGGGCAGUGGGAGUUUGGUUUCUGGGUUGACCGGUGACGCUGAUGUUUGUGAUAUCUUUGAUGGUCGCUGGGUGCCGGAUAGCUCAUACCCGCUGUACAACAGCUCGGAGUGUCCAUUUGCUGAAAGAGGUUUCAAUUGCUUGGCAAACGGGAGGAAGGAUAUGGACUAUCUUAAGUGGAGGUGGAAACCAUGGCGAUGCGAUGUGCCUAAAUUUAAUGUGCAGGAUGUCUUGGAAAGGCUCAGAGGGAAAAGGGUCGUCUUUGUAGGUGAUUCAAUGAGUCGCACGCAGUGGGAGUCUCUAAUAUGCAUGCUCAUGACCGGAGUGCAGGAUCCCAACACCGUUUAUGAAGUCGAUGGAAAACACAUCUCAAAGACAAUCCGCUUCUUAGGCGUUCGGUUCCAGACAUUCAAUUUGAGCAUAGAGUUCUUCCGCUCGGUUUUUCUUGUACAGCAAAGCUUGCCGCCGCGACAUGGGCCAAAACGGGUUCGAACGACACUGAAGCUGGACAAGAAGGAUGACAUGAGCAGGAAGUGGGUUGAUUCAGAUGUACUUAUCUUCAAUUCUGGUCACUGGUGGACUCCGAGCAAACUCUUUGACAUGGGUUGCUAUUUCCAGGUUGGAGGAGCUCUGAAGCUUGGAAUGUCUGUCGAUUCUGCAUUUACAAUCGCCUUAAACACCUGGGCUUCUUGGGUUGAGACGAUGGUCGACACAAAUAGAACUCAUGUCUUCUUCCGGACCUUUGAGCCUUCCCACUGGAGUGACUCAAACCAAAAGGUCUGUAACUUGACGCAGCACCCUUUGGCUGAGGCCAAAGCGAAUGACCGGAUGGAGUUUUCAGAAAUCAUAGUUGAGGUAGUGGAAAGGAUGAAAGUUCCUGUCACUGUCCUUAAUGUAACUCCGAUGGGUGCUUAUAGAAGUGAUGCUCAUGUUGGCACUUGGAGCCACCCUUCUACCGUUACUGAUUGCAGCCAUUGGUGUCUCCCUGGAGUCCCAGAUGCUUGGAACGAACUCGUGUUCUCCUAUCUUCUGGUGAAGGGCUGGAGAAAGUUGUGAAUUGAUGUUCGGGAUUGUGGUCUUUUCUAUUUUCCUUGGUAUAAUUUGUUAUUCUUUUAGGGUUCAACAUGGCAAGCGCACAAGAAGUGCAAGGUUGUCUGUGAGAUGAAGCAGAUUGCCAGGGGCAGCGGCUUCCAUCCUUUUUUUUUUUUUUUUACUGUUAGUUGUUACCAUUUUUCCUUGACAAGUUCAUGCAGUUGCCUCUCGCCUGUAUGUCUCAAAGUAAUAGGUAAAUGAUAAUAUUGAAACACGUAUGCAAUGACAA